UCUCCACGGGUGGUAUAUUCGACUCAGAAUUGUUCUUUACUCUGUCCAGUCACUUGAAUGAGUGAGUUGGUGUCUGCUUAAAUUACGUUAUUUUUAAAUAAUUAUUUUCAUCAUGAUCAACGAUGAAAAAUAUGUUUACGGUGACCAGAAUGUGCAAGUUCCUGCUCACUUGAACUUCGGAAAGUUUAUUUUAAAUAAUCUUCGGAAACAUCAGCAUAAUAUAGCUUUGGUGAACGCGACAACUGGCCAAGAGCUAUCUUACAGGGACCUGACCCAGUUCUCCGUGGACCUGGCUGUAGGCCUGCAUAGCCUCGGCGUCCAGCGUGGGGACACCGUGGCUGUGGGGUCGGAGAGCCGCAAUGAGUUCAUUGGCCUCAUGUACGGUAUCAUCUUUACUGGUGCCACGUAUACGCCCAUUGAUAUGGGCUCUGGUAGAGCUAUCCUGCAUCACAAACUAGAGUUAGCGAGACCAAGUUUCUUCAUUUGCUCAAAACUUUUCUGGGAUAAACAUAAGGAUAGCAUUAAGAGUUUUAAGUUUAUAAAAACUGUUAUAACUCUUGAUGAUGAAGCUGAAGAUACAAUUCCAAUACGGAGUAUUAUGAAGGAGAAAGUCGAUGUAGAUCUUUUUGAACCGGCACCAGUUCUUGGCCAAUCAGAUACAGCCAUUAUUCUGUAUUCUUCCGGAACCACCGGCAUGUCUAAAGCAAUUCAACUGACGCAUGAAAACUGCAUUUUGAAUUCUCUACCUGAUGAUUUUAAAUCGGAAUCUCUGCAAGUGGUUUUCAUUUAUGGGGUUUGGUACCAUAAUUAUGAUACAUUUACCUCUUCUAAGUUCCUGACUUUGGGAAGGAAACUUGUUUAUCUUUCUGAUGUUAAAAAUGUACCAGUUGAGGAAAUGAUUAAGUGCUUCGACGAAUUUUCGGUGAAUAUCGCAAUGCUGAUCCCGCCAACUUUAAUUCAAAUAUCUAACAUCAACGUAGACACGCCGUACAAAUUGGAUUCUCUUAAAAUAUUAUACAGCCGAAGCUGUCCACUCCAUGUAAAAACAAUUGAAGAAGUUAAGAAAAGAUUUUCUUCUGAAAUCAAUAUCCUCCAAGGCUACGGCAUGACCGAGGCUGGCGAGCUGUCGUCGGAGAGCUGGGCGCUGCGGGGGCCGCGGGGGGGCAGCGUGGGCAUGGCUUCCCCUGGGUUGACUAUCAAGGUAGUCGAUCCAAAGACCCGCCAAGUCCUCGGAGCGAACCAGCGCGGAGAGAUCUGCAUUCGCGGCCCGGUUCUCAUGAAGGGCUACAUCGGAGUGGAGCCGGAGACUUAUUUGGACGAAGACGGCUUCUUCAAAACAGGAGACUUGGGAUAUUACGACGAUGACCACUACUUCUAUGUUAUUGACCGUCUGAAGGAAAUCAUCAUUCAUAUUGGUUGUAAUGUGGCUCCACUGGACUUGGAGACGAUCCUGCAGCUGCACCCCGACGUGGUCGAAGCCGGCGUGGUGGGCCGCCCCGACCCGGUGGUCACCGAGCUGCCGACUGCCUUUGUGGUGCGCCGGCCUGGAGCAGCUGUCACUGCACAGGAGCUCAUGGAUUUCGUGGCUGCUGAGGUGCCUGAGUACAUGGAGUUAAAAGGAGGUGUAAUAUUCAUCGACAAACUGCCAAGAAAUCCUAGAAAUAAACUUCUAAGAAGAAGUCUAAGGGAUAUGCUGGCCAACCAACGAGUACAAUUUGACUACAAGAUGUUGAACAACCCACUUUAUAUAAUGAGUGAUCAAGAGACAUUACUACCAGCUCAUUGUCAUUUCGGGAAAUACAUGUUAGAUUGUCUACGUAAUUACAGCGAUGAAAUUGCAUUGGUUAACUCGGAAACAAACAAAAGUAUAACGUACAAGGAAUUCACUCAGUAUGCAGUGGAUUUGUCGUACGGCCUCCACCAGUUGGGAGUGAGGAGAGGGGACGUGGUGGCGCUGGGCUCGGAGAGACGCCACGAGUUCCUGCCGACCAUGCUGGCUGUAGUUAUGACUGGAGCUACCUUCACAUCUCUAGACUAUGACGAAGGCCAAGUACCCUUGCUGCAGAAGUUGAACCAAAUUAAGCCGAAGUAUUUCAUCCACACCGACCUUUUCUGGCAAAGAUAUGGCAAGAUGAUGAAGCCGCUGGACUUUAUAGAAACUUGGAUAAGUUUAGAUGAUAGUGCAGACACAGGCAUUCCUGUAUCCACGUUGAUGGAGACAAGUGUGGACGUGAACUUGUUUGAGCCUAUUGAAGUGGACGGUAAAACGGAUGUGGCAGUUGCACAAUAUACGUCUGGAACUACUGGCACGUCCAAGGUUGUAUUGAGUAAUCAUAUCAAUUGCAUUUUAAUGUCGGCAAAACCAGGCUUAAUGAAAGAUACAUUUAAAAUAAUGAGCUGUAGAGCGACUUGGACAAGUAAUUAUGACUGUUUCUUUACUAUUACGUUUUUAAUGUUCGGACGAACGAUUGUUUAUCACCCGGAGCCUACGUACCAAAAUAUUUUGAAUGAUAUCCUAAAAUACCAGGUCAACUUCGCAGUUUAUGAACCUUCCUUUUUGACUUUGCUUUCUAAACAAGAAGAUGUAGAGACGACAAAAUAUCUGCAGGUUUUUUUUUCAUCCGGCAGCGCCCUACGCCGAGAAGUUAUAAACAAAAUUAUGGAAAGAUAUCCGAAGUUACAAUUGCUGCAAGGCUACGGAAUGACAGAAGGAAAUCCUUUGUCUUUUGAAAAGCCAGAUUUUUUCGGGAACCGACUCGGAAGUGUGGGGAAACCCUGCCAUUAUACGACCAUAAAGAUAAUCGAUCGGUCAUCAAGACGCGUGCUUGGUCCGAAUCAACAAGGUGAAAUAUGGUUCCGAGGACCAGUGCUUAUGAAGGGAUACUUACACUACAAAGAUGAAAUACUGGAUACCGAAGGAUUCUUCAACACCGGGGACUUGGGCUACUACGAUGAUGACCACUUUCUCUUCGUUGUCAACAGAGCAAAAGACAGCAUUGUAUACGAUGGCUUUGAGGUGGGAGUAGUGGACCUGGAGAACCUGCUGCUGCGGCACGGGGGCGUGCGCGAGGCGUGCGUGGUGGGCGCGCCGGACGCGGUGUACGGGGACCUGCCCGCCGCCUUCGUGGUGGCCGCGCCCGGCGCCCCCGCCCCAGCCCCCGACGAACUGCGGGCAUACGUCGACAGCCUGGUGGCGCCUCACAUGCGGCUGAGCGGCGGAGUGCGGUUCCUCGAUGCUCUGCCGAAAAACAAACGAGGGAAGAUCCUGCGAGAAUCACUGAAAAACUUGCUGAUUGAUGAGUUAAAGACAGAUGGCAUAGAACAACGCGGACUCGGGUGUACAGAUGGCAUGGCAACUAAAACUAGAAACAGUAAAACCGGUUAAA